AUGCCAUCAAGUUGUGGAAGUUACAUUACCAAGUGCAGUGGCAGUGUCCAAUCGAAGGCCUCCGAUGUGCGGGCGCUCAAGGAACGCGGCUACAUUAUCGGCAAAAAAAUCGGAAAAGGCUCUUAUGCGACAGUUGUGUCCGCUUUUUACGAAGAUUCGACCCACAAAGUGCCUCUCGCCUGCAAAAUCGUCGAUAAAUCGCGUGCCCCAUCGGAUUUCUUGAACAAAUUCCUGCCGCGCGAACUCGAAAUCAUCGUAAAACUCGAACAUCCGUACGUCAUUCAGAUCCACAGCAUCCUGCAACGCGGCUUGAAAAUCUUCAUCUUCAUGCGAUUCGCCGAAAAUGGCGAUUUACUCGAAUACAUCAAGAAAAACGGAUCCAUCGUCGAACACGGAGCCAAAUCCUGGUUCUACCAGAUGGUAAAAGGUCUCAAAUAUCUCCACAGUUUGGAAAUCGCGCAUCGCGAUUUAAAAUGCGAAAAUAUUCUCAUCUCGAAAAAAAUGAAUAUAAAAAUUGCUGAUUUUGGAUUCGCCCGAAGUUGUGUCGAUCAAACGGAAAAUCCAAUUUUAUCGAUGACUUUUUGUGGAAGCGCAGCCUAUGCAGCGCCUGAAAUAGUCAGCGGGCAUCCAUAUGACCCGAAAAUGGCAGAUGUGUGGUCUUUGGGGGUUAUUUUGUUCAUUAUGUUGAAUGCUUCGAUGCCGUUUGACGAUAAAAAUGUCAAGAAAUUGUUGAGUGAUCAAAAGACGAGGAAUUAUCGGUUUCGAUCGAGCAUUGAGGAGAAGUUGACGACGAAAUGCAAGUCGUUGGUGCAGUUUAUCUUGGAUCCAGAUGUCACGACGAGAUGGGGUUUGGCACGCAUUGAGAUGUCAAGGUGGUUCAAGGAUAGCGUGGUUAUAUCGGAGGGGGUUCCGAAUUGA